GAUACCUUUUUCAUUCAGCUCCGGUCCAAAUGAAACAAAAUUUCCAAUUUUUUCUCCAUUCCCAAAUUUUAUCGAAAUUCGACCUAAAUUUCGUUUCUUCUUCUCACCGAACCGUCCGGCGAACGCUCCACCGUCACGCCGUUCUCGUCCGGCACGUCAACCUGCUUCCUUUCCGGCUCGAAUCUUCGCAGUUCGCGUAGGUUCUUUUGCUGCACGUCCCUCCGUCACGCCGAAACAUCCUUCACCUUCGCUCGAACAGCUUUAAGCAUGGAUCCAGAAGCCGCGAGAAGUGCACGUGAAUCUUUGGACCUGGCAUUUCACAUGUCCAAUAUACUCGACACGGGUUUAGACCGUCAUGCACUUUCUAUUCUCAUUGCCCUCUGUGAUCUUGGGGUCAAUCCUGAAGCACUUGCUGCUAUUGUCAAGGAACUUAGAAAGGAGAGGCUCCCACCGUCAUCAUUGCAUCCCACACCUCCUUCUUGAUCAUACAUGUAUUUUGUUGCUCCUAUCUCAAAUAUUGUUUUGUGGAAGGUAUUUUUUAUGCUUAUAUUUGAAUGAUUGUAUCGCAUGCAAAGGUGAAUACACGGAACAAAAAGAUUGAUUUAUCAAGAAAUGCUGAUUGUUUUAGGAGCAUUGUAGAUAACCGGAACAAUGGAAGAGUAGUUCAGGUGUAUAAGAUUUCUGCCUAACAGAAGUACUUGUUGUGUUUUGUUCUUAUUGUUACUUGAAGACUAUUUAUUUACAAAAGCUAUUGUCUAACUUUAUUGUAAGAUUGGUUUUUUAUUUUUGGUCAAGUAGUCUAGUGGCUGGAGUUCAGCAUUUAAUUUUCCUGCACAGCUACCAACUGAGCUGACUUAGGGGAGUCUGUAAGAUUGGUUUAUCUUGGAAGCAAUAUGUGUUUUAGCAAUGUUUCCUAGUAAUGGGUACCUACCUAAUGUAUUCUUUUAUUACAUCUAUGAAACAAGGAAAUCCUUCCUUUCUUGUUUUA